AUGAUGUUAUCGCCGAACAACAUCCCAUUCAAGGAGAACAGUCGAGCUUCGAGCACCCGGUCUAUUGACUCCAGCUAUGGCUCCUGCAUAUACGAAGACAUCAAACAUGGUACUAUUCUCGAUGUACUUGACACUACUGUCGGCGGUCCAGCACAACAACAACAACAACGCCAACAAAUCAUCGAACUGGGCAUCAGAGAUGUUUCAGAGCUACAGCGCGGUGACUACGUCUUCAUCAAGAAAGAAGAACGUAGUGACCCACCUGCCACACCGCACUUGAGUCUUUGUACCAAUAUCUCAAAUCCCUCCUCACCCGAGCCUAUUUCGCCAACGUCGCCAAGCGAGGUGAGACGUUCACAUGCCAGAAGAACCACCAGCAAGCUCCCAUCGCAGGCUAUAAAGUGUCUCACGGCCUGGCUCGACGCAAAUCGACAUCAUCCGUACCCAUCCGCCGAAACAAAGCACGCGCUAGCAGAAGCAUGCAGUAUCACCCUUAAACAAGUCACCACAUGGUUUACCAAUACGCGCCAACGGCAACUCAAAUCGCAAAAGAACAACGGGCGAGGCGGAAUAGGUCAUGACCAGACUCCUGCCCAAGCUUCAAGAAAGGGAAAGAAGAAGGAUUAUGGUCGUAGCAAUGGCGCAUCGCCAAUUGAGGGAUUUCUAUCUCCGUCACGACUUUCGCCUUGCGCCUCAAUUUCAGAUUACUCCUCCGGGGAAGCAGACAAUUGGCAAUGCACGUUCUGCGGCGUCUCUCUUACAGCAAAGUCCUGGCGUCGACACGAAGAAACACAACACCAUCCCAAAUCUCAGUGGACCUGCCUUGCCUUCGGCCCCAGAGUUGCGCCCGCAAACAUUUCUUCGACCAUCUGCGCUUUCUGCGACCUCGAGAAUCCCGAUGACGACCAUUUCCGACUCUUUCACCGCAUCGGGGAGUGCAUGUGCAAGCCUGAAAAUGAGCGGACAUUCGGUCGACCGGACCACCUUCAGCAACACGCAAGAAAUUUUCACAAAUGCGAGAAGCCCUUGUCCGAGCUGAUACGAGACGCGUGGCGUAAGGAUGGCCCUGGAAUGACAGACAACAAGACCUGGACCUGUGGUUUCUGCCAUGAGGUCCUUUCCACUUGGGACGCAAGAGCAACUCACAUUGCCACUCACUUCAAGGCGGGGUUGACAAUGACACACUGGCGCGAGAAGUGUGUGCCUCAGUCGACACUACCGCUGGAGCAGAUCGAGCCUCAUAAGUCAAUUGCUCUGGAGGAUCUUACUGCUAUGGGCGCGACAUUCGCAGGGCCUUCAAACUAUCGAUCCCCUCCCACAAGUCAUGCUCACAUCGACUCUGCGCAACAUCAACCGCUGCCGACGCCUACAACCACGUUUAUGUCCGUUCCCACCACCAUCCCGGACAUCAAUAUUGGCCCGUUCUGCAUGUACGGCAACCCCAUUGACACAUUUGAUCCAGUGUUAGCUCCAGCUUCAGGUCAAAACGUAGACACUGCGUCGGCGGAUUUUGGGUUCGUUGGUGUUGAUGAAUUCGGCAAUCCUGUAUACGACUUCAGUCUAUUUCACUCAUGGUAG